UGACGUCUAUGACAUUGACAAAUGUCAAGAUUGUCAGACGUUGUCAAUCGAACGUCGAGUCGCGACCAGCUGGUGUGUGCUGCGCUUUGCAGAUAUUUGUUCGAUAUCUGUAUUAAAACACAUAAAUUAUAAUAGUAUUAUAAAAGUGCAGUGUCAGUGCUAACCAUAUAAAAUGAGUCAAGCCGCUGCAGCGCCGCCGAAGGAGCGGUAUAUACCAAACGGACUGAAAUUCGCGUUUGGUGGCCUUGCCGGCAUGGCAGCCACGUGCGUCGUCCAACCACUGGAUCUGAUAAAGACCCGGAUGCAGCUGAGCGGCGGCGGCAAGACCUCGUUCGCGGUGGCCGGCGAGAUCGUCGCUAAGGAGGGCUUCUUCGCUGUAUACGCAGGCCUCUCCGCCGGCCUCUUGCGACAGGCUACUUACACCACCACGCGUCUCGGGGUCUACAAUUGGCUCUUCGAUUCUUAUAAAGAACGUAACGCAGGCGCCACUCCAGGCUUCGGCACAAAAACCCUCCUGGGUGUAGCCGCCGGGUCUAUUGGCGCGUUCGUGGGCACUCCGGCGGAGGUGGCACUCAUCCGCAUGACGGCAGACGGUCGCCUCCCUCCAGAGCAGAGGAGGAACUACAAGAACGUCGCCGAUGCGCUUAUUAGAAUAAUAAAAGAAGAAGGCGUGUUGAAACUGUGGCGCGGCGCUACACCCACAGUCAGCCGCGCGAUGGUAGUGAACGCGGCGCAACUCAGCACGUACUCUCAGGCGCGCGAGAUGUUUGUGGGAUACGUGCCCGACGGCAUCACGCUGCACUUCUGUGCCAGCAUGGUCUCUGGACUCAUCACCACCAUAGCUUCUAUGCCGGUUGAUAUUAUCAAGACCAGGAUCCAAAACGCUGCCAAAGGUCAGAGUCAAGUGGCAGUAGUGACCGGCCUGAUCCGCAACGAAGGGUUCUUCUCCCUUUGGAAGGGCUUCCUGCCCUACUACGCACGUCUGGGACCUCACACAGUACUCACAUUCAUAUUCCUGGAGCAAAUGAACGCGGCCUACUUCAAAUACACGUAAGAAAUAUCACAAAAGGCUUACCUUCACUUACAUGUAAACAAUCUACCCGAUUCUAUUUGACUGAUAUUAAAGUCAUUUGAAAAAGGAUAUUUGGUUUAUAUGUUUUGUGGUAUGCCUUUAAUUUUCAAGUCGGUGUGACGUUUUUAAAUUUUGACAGUGACAGGAUUAAGACAGGUCUGUAUUCAGGUAUGUGGGGGGUCAUAAAGUUAUAGAUGAAUGGUUCAUUGACCUUUGGACGUUUUUAUCGAUAAUACCAUUAUCAUGUUAUGAAAUAUAAUCUCGUAAAUAUGACUUUAGAUUUCGAAAACGCCUCGUGUUUGGAAGACAUAGAUUCGUAUGUUUAUUAAUUAAAAAGUAAUUAACUUGUUUAUAAAUUCUUAACGAUAUUACUAAUGGGUUUACGAUCGUAACGUUUCAAACGACCAUUUUUAACUGCUUUUAAAUAGAUAUACUGUUACACAAAUAACAUACGAAGUUAAACCUUUGGUCGUAUAACAAUAUUUCUCUUUCCUUACAAAUGCCCCACAGCUGGAGAAGAUCUCUCUUUAUCUAAUUAUAAUGAAAGCGUCACAGCGACAUCAUCAUCAUCAAACGUAUCGUACAAGCCGCUAAGUGCAAGCAACAAUAAAAAUAAUAAAAAUCAUUAUGUAACUUACCGUUAUCAAGGUUAUGCUCGAUUUUAUGACCCAGUUUGACGCCGGUUUCGACUUAUCUUAUCGAUAAGUACAAAAACGAAUUUCGACUCUGCGUCAUGUGUGUAAGAUGUUUUUUUGAUCGAUAAAUUAUGUUUUUCACGUAAAGAAUGAUGUAAUUAAAAAUAUUUGCUUUUGUCAAACAUGUUUGCAAUUGUACUAUUUGUUACAAUAUUUGACAACUUGUAUCUAAUGUCAAACGGGGUUUUAUGACUCGUUUUUACAAAUAUUGUUGUUAAUUCAGUUUGUCUGGUUUAAUUUUGAUUUAAUUCUUUGAUUGUUUAUCGCGUGUGUUUUUAUCGCUGCGACGUUUCUGACGAGGUAAUGUAGGCGCGAGAUUGUCGUGUGCAUUUUAUCUGACAGAACUAAGCCUCUGAAGCCUAAUAUUAAAUGAAGUAGCAAUUGUAUUUUAUUAUUAAAGACAUAGAUAUUAAAAUCGAUUAAUUAUUUUAAAAUGUAUUGUAAACAUUAAGGCGAUAUUCUAGACGAAAUGAACGUGCCUAAAUUGUACUUUAAGCGUUUAUAUAUGUCUGUAAAAUAGCAAUAAUACGUAAUCUGAUUUUACCGUAGGCUUUUUUAAGUGUAUUUUUAAUAGACAAGUAUGUCUAAGACAGAAUAAUGGACAUUAAUUACAUUAUCUUUUAUUGAAAAGUCUAUCUUAACAAUGAUAUUUAGGGUCGAAAUAUAACAAUCGAUUUUAUUAUUAAGAUAAGUUAUCGCGUAAUUCGUUUUUGCCAUCCAUUAUCAGUUGUUUCUAUCAAUAUUUUUCAGUAUUCACUUGAUGUUCCAUACUUGCGAGGAAAAUUAUCAUUAAGGAAUUUCGACAUUGUGUAUCUAGUGUCAAUGUAUGAUAAUCCAAAAGUAAGAUUGGAUCAAUAUGUUUUUUUUUAAGUAAAAUCGGAAGUUAAUGGCUUCAAGGAAGAUUGUUACCACCAUAGUGGUGAAAAAGCGAAAAUAUCACAAAUUGAAAACUAUAAAAGGUUCGAUAUUUAUCCGAUUUAUGCUAUUACUAUACCAACGAAUUUCAGAUCAGUUGACAUCAAACAGCUGAUACGUCAAUUCCGAGUGUUAAGUUGUCUCGCUUUUGGAUAAUGUUAUAUGUGUCUGAUAAUGUAAGCCGGCGGCUUAAUGAACGGUUGUAGAGUAAUCCCCUUGAGAGGAAACAUAAUCUAUCACAUAUGUCUACCAAAUAAAGCUGAAAAUUGCUGCCAUUAAAAGAAAAAAACUCAUUAAAAAUCACGUCUUAUAUUUCUAUAGUGUAUACGAAAUUAUAAUUUACUGUCACACAAUUCGGUCUGUUGUUAAUAUGCGUUGUAAAA